UUUAGAAGAGAUGAAUGAAACCCUCCUUGUGAAUGAAACGACAGUUCCAGCCCCCUGGAUUGAAGCCAGCAAUGGAAAUACAUCCUUGGAGCUUUUUUCUGAACCUGUGGCGUUUGCCAUCAACCCCUGGGACAUCAUGCUAUGUAUAUCUGGGACUAUUAUUGCCUGUGAGAACGUGAUUGUUGUGGCCAUCAUAUUUUACACACCAUCCUUGAGAGCACCUAUGUUUGUGUUGAUUGGUAGCCUUGCAACAGCAGAUCUCCUGGCUGGCAUGGGAUUAAUACUGAACUUUGUAUUCCAAUAUUUAAUUCCAUCUGAGACUAUCAGCCUUGUCACUGUGGGGUUUCUGGUUGCCUCAUUCACUGCUUCAAUUAGCAGCCUGCUAGCCAUUACUGUUGACCGGUAUCUUUCACUUUACAAUGCCCUGACUUACUUCUCAGAAAGGACCAUAUUCUGUAUCCACAUGUUGUUGGUCAUUAUAUGGGGUGUCUCCAUUUGCUUGGGUCUUUUGCCUAUAUUUGGUUGGAACUGCCUGAAUGAUCUGUCAGCUUGCAGUAUUGUCAAACCCUUGACCAGAAGCAACAUGACCUUAUUGGCUAUAUCUUUUUUUGUGAUAUUUAUGGUCAUGUUAAACCUAUAUUUCAAGAUCUGCAAGAUAGUAUGCAGGCACGCCCAUCAGAUUGCUCUCCAGCAACACUUCUUCACAACGUCGCACUAUGUGGCCACCAAGAAGGGCAUCUCGACUCUUGCCAUAAUCCUCGGGACCUUUGGGGCGAGUUGGCUACCCUUUGCCAUCUACUGCUUAGUUGGCGAUCACGACUCUCCGUCGGUGUACACUUACGCCACUCUUUUGCCAGCGACCUAUAACUCCAUGAUCAAUCCAGUCAUUUAUGCUUUCAGGAACCAGGAGAUUCAAAGGUCGAUUUUCAUCUUAUUUUGUGGCUGUUUCCAGACAAACACUUCUUAUCGUUCAAGAUCUCCAAGUGAAGUUUAAGUGAUUGAUGUUGACUUGUAACUUUUGCAAAGUGACAAUCUGCUUUUGAAUUGAUUGUUUGAAAAUGUGUAGCGUAUUACCAUUAUCUAUUUGUAGCUCUGUAAGAACUAAAGAGUGAAAUAAAUUGACGGGGCGCGUUGAGUAAGUGAGCAGCUUACUUAAGAACAUGUUCAGCUCCGCGCCUACUGAGCAGCUCAAAGCGCAACGAAGCAGAUUUCUUCUGUGAUCUGAUUGAGUGAGCCAUGCAAUUCUCGCUCUGAGCCACUCAGUUACUUAAUACACCCAGUGUGAACAGAGAUGACUAACGCUGUUAAUCAGGCAGUGUUUACCACUGAAAACUAUUAUUAAAGAUAAUAAGCACAUUGUAUUGUGUCAUUUUGUUACC